AUGAACCAAAAAGAGGAUCACGAGGAUAGUCAAAAGCUGAAUCCGCACCCGCCUUCGAGUGUGUUUACUUAUGAUCCGAGUAACAGUCAAUCAGUUUUGUGGCAUGAGGGUCCUGUGAGAGAUGAUCACAGUCAUGGGGAUGAACCGCCUCUAAUUUUGAGAGUGAGAAGAGGGAGUAGUGAAGUUAGUAGUAUCACGGGAAUCAUGGCUACGGAUUACGCGAUAGCUAUCGAUCAACCCUUUCAAAUUCAAGGAGGCACCGGAUUGUCACGGCGUAUGAGUUUGAGGAGCCCUGGGGGCACUCCAGCCCCCAGCGAUGAGAUCCAGGAGGGAGAACCUCCAGCAAGGCAUCAAUUGUACCAAACUCCGAACAUGAGCCAAACGACGCGAUACUUCCUUGCUGAUCCGCACGGUUUGCGGAGUGAGUCCGAUACACAAUGUUUAAACUCUUUAACCGGAAAGCACUGGGAAUAUUACUACCAACAGCCACCGCACUGUGACACAGACACAACAGUGGAUGAGGAUCAUCUGUUACAUCAGCCAUCGCUUCUGGAACCGACGGUGAAGCAUGUGACACGGUCGCGAGGGAACCGUAGUGGUUCAUCUUCACCUGCAUCCAUAGAAAUGAGGUCCACUUCUCUACGCUCAUAUACGGCAGUUGUGGAACCCCGACCGGAAGUUCAUGCGGAAUCCUCUGAAGAGAAGUUGGUGAGUGGUACGGUAGUGCGCCAAAGUGACGCUGCGACGGACGGAAAUAGUGCCGUAGCUGAGAGAAUGAAAUAUGAAUCACCUGAAGACCCGCGUAACUACAUCAUUAACAUCAUAGCCAAUAAUGAACCAGGGCGCGUAACACUGCAGCUCAUUCAUGAAGAAUUAAAUUGGGAAGAGCGGUUUGCUGAAGCUAAUGGAACAGUCCUCGAGUACCUACAAGGCUACCAGUCGAUAUUCGCCGUCUCUCCACUGGAUGACCGUGUAACGAUGCGCAAACCACUCAAAGCAGCCAAAGGACGACGUCGGUUGCGUGGCCACAGCGGUUACCAUGCCAUGUCAAACCGCAUUGGGAGCGUCAGUUGCAGUUAUGUAGCACGGAAAUUCGAUCUUGAGUUACUCUCUUCUCUAUACAAGCGUCGUGGUUACCGGGCUGCGAUUAUUCAUGACGUGUUGCAUGUUUCUUCCUUUGAUACGUUUGACCUCUUUUUGUUUCCCGGUGGUGUAGUGGUAUGGUGGGGAAUGAACCGUUGUGACCAUUGGCUCGUAGAAGAUGAUUUUCUCUCUGCGGACCCCUCAUUUGUGAAUGAGGCCAUACAGGAACGACACACACAAAAAAGUAUUGAUGAGUUGUUCCCAAUGUGGCACUCAUACGAGUUGGAUGAAAACUACGAUGCGACGACACAGUUGGGGAGAAGGCAAGCGCUGGAUCGUUUCUCUACAAAUCUGUGUUUUGAUCAUUAUCUUAUUCCUCGCAGCAACCCUCUACGAUCUCAAGUUAUGCUGACUGUGUCGUACGCCCUUGGUCGCAUAUCAGUGGUGGAUUUUUUCGACAACAUGACUCACAAGUUUCACAAGGAGGUGUUACAAAUCCCUUCUGAGAUUCGUGGUUUUUUUGACUACUUUUCGGCGCAGCAACAAAUCACACGUCUCGAGGGGGAGUUGCACAUAGCCAACAUGGCAAUCACAGAAUUUUUUGACACUCCCGACUUUUUGUGGGAAAUGGGGUGGCUUCAUGAUUAUCACGAGAUUGCCGAGCGCCAAAACUCUUCCGAAAAAAUUUUUUCAUGGUUCAUCGCCAAAAGCGACGCCCUUCUUCAGCAACUGGCGAACAUCAAGGGAAGGCGUCACCGACUUUUUAUUUUGGGAUCGGACGUGUUUUUGAUUUUACUACUUGUAGCGGAUGUCAUAUUCCUGAUGACUUCAUUUAUAUUGCGCUUAUACUUUCCCCGUGCAGAGGACUGA